AUCGAUGUCGGCAUCGGUGAUUCUCCAUUAUUUACUCCUCACUAGUCUUACCAUUUAAAUUAAACAAAAAUUUAGACAAAUACGGUAAUAAACAUGCAGCACGAGCCCGAAGAGCAGACUUUCCAACUCCAGGCACUGGAGAUCCGCGAACCGGAUGACAGUUUCGAUCCCAAGAAGCCGCCAGAAUCCGGAGAAGAGUACUUAAUGCACAUGAUGUACGAGAGGAAACGCUGUCCAGCGGUGGUGACCAAAAGGUCGCCCAAAAUCAGGGAUACUACGGGAAACAACGCCUUCGAAAUGUUGGAUAAUCCCGCUUUGCCGCCUUUUAAGUGCCUGCUGCCCACGCCCGAAUGGCGGGAUGAACAGGUGAAAUCCUUCCAAGCCGCUCGCUCCCAGGUUUUGAUUCUUCGCCGGGAAUUGGUCAACCACAACUACGACCAGAGUGGGGAACCCCCGCUAACCUCGGACCAGGAGAAGUGGCAGGAGUUCUGCCGCAAGCAACAGCCCCUCCUGAGCACACUGCUCCAUUUGAGCCAAAGUGACUUGGAGCACCUGCUGGAAAUGCUAAGCAAAUGGCUGCAGGUCAAGGAUCAGGACAUCGACCUCCUUCAGGAUGUCUGGCUGGCCCGCUGGCUAUAUGCCACCUUGGUGUGUUUGCAUCUGCCGCUGGAACCUCAUGUCUUCAGCACCCUUCGAUAUGUCGCCCGAUCCUGCAUCCAACUGAGGAAUCAAUUAAAGGCAGAGGAAGUGCAGCGAGCAGCGCCCUACAAUCUGCUACUAACCCUCAUUGUUCAGGUCUUUGCCCAGAGUGAUUUUAAGGAGUAUAUUUAAGGUAUUGAUUUCUUGAUUUAGUAAGCCCUAAUAUAAGCACAAAUUGACUGUUCAGAUUGGUAAUCUUAAAAGCCAAGAAGUUUCUCUGGUAAAUAAGCUUAAGCUAUUUGUACCCAACGAUGUUUAGUACUACUUUUGUAAACGUCAUUUAAAAACAUUCGGAGCUUAGCUGUUUCAUAUGCUUAAUAUUGAAUUUAAUAACAUAUAUGUGCUGAAAUAUUUUGAGAUUCUUAAGUUCAAAGAUCACUUAAAUUAUAUAUUUUAAAUAAUGCGUAAAAUCAUUUUCAUUUCCAUUUAAAAAAUAUAAUGUCCAAAGAUGAUUUAUUAUAAGUUUGAAAAUUCCGUAAAGCCGAAAAAAUUCUUAUUCAAAUGGUUAGUUAAAAUUCUUUAUAAAUUCAAUUAAAACAAAAAGGUUAGCCUCUA